GUGACAAUGUGCGAACAAUAGGCAAAAUGGAUGAUUUGCACCUAUUAGAUUUUGUAGAACUGAGACUGAAGUCAAAGGGGGACUUUGAUACUGCCUAUGAUGUAGCAAUGCACACUGGCUUGGCUGCUCAAUCAAAGAAAUUUAUUGUUUUUCAGCCAGGGGAUUGGCCAUGCCAAUUUUAUUGUAGACAAAUCAUAUAUGAAUCACUUAAGACAUUUGUCAGCUCUCAUCCAAGAUUUUCAGACGCUCCUCUGCAACAGGACAAUAUUUUACCUGAUCAUUCCUCAUAUUCUUUUCCAAUGACAUCUGGUACUACUGACAAUCUCUUGAACAACAGCUUGCCACAAGCAACAUCACAGUCAUCCAUUCUGUCAUUAGUACCAACUAUUGGGCCACUUCACAUUUCCCUAAACAGCAGAGAACACAUUGUUCAUUCCUACCAUUCGUUUUUCAAAGCAGUAUAUGAAACAAUUUUACCAAAAAGCAGAUUGGCAGAUAAUCCCAAACCCUGGAGGAUUAGUCUGAUUCUUGAGAUUGUAUAUGGUGGUUGGACACUUAUACGCCACACUGUGAUGUCAAAGUUCUCCUGCUUCAAGGAUGCAGAGUAUGGGACCCUAUUCACUUAACUAGACAGCUA